ACUAGUAUGCAGUAGUUUUGCACUAAAAAAAGAUGUCAAAAUGCGAGAAAGAUUCCCCGAUUCCGCGCCACAACCAUGCACAUUUUCCAAACCACUGAUACUUCUUAAAGUUUAACAAGACGAUUGAAGCUAUUUCCUUGAUCGGAAAUUUUGGAAAGUUCAAGCAGGCCUAGUAGGUGAGCUGAGUAUCUGAAUGGUGAGAGAUAGCCAAGCAUCAUGUCCAAGUUCUCUCCUCCGUCUUGUUACACCAUGCUCAUGGUCAGUGCACUCAUGCUGAUCAUCUACAAUGAGUAUCUGGAAUUCUUCAUCUUAAAGCAGAAUCAAUGGAACCAGGCCAGGGAAGCCAUUCAGUAUCCCACAGAGAGUGCAACGAGCAAUAAGGGGAUUCCCCAGCAUGAUCCUGUAAGAAUACUGUUUGUUGCUGAUCCGCAGAUUCAGGGGUACAGAGAUGAACCUCCAAUCUUGGGAUAUAUCACAAGGUGGGAUGCAGACCUAUAUCUGAAGAAGUAUUUCCACGAGGCAUUGCGUUACAUCAAACCCGACGUUGUCAUCACAAUGGGUGACCUGCUGGAUGAGGGCAGUAUAUCCACUGAGACUGAGUUUGAAAUCUACGCAGAGAGGUUUAAGAGACUCUUUGAGAUCCCAAAUGAUGUCAAGGCUGUUGUUGUUCACCUGUCAGGAGACAAUGACAUCGGUGGUGAGGGUUCGGAUCCAUUAACAGACGCCAAGAUACAACGCUUCGAGAAACAUUUUGGGCCAGUAACGGAGGCAAUUCAUUACAAACAUGUUGCGUUCUUCAAGAUAAAUUUCUUGCCCUUUUUACACAUGGGUCAAAAUGACAAGGACCGUGUAUUUGAGCAACAGUUGCUCACAAUGGCAGAUUCAUCUAAGGAAUCGACAGUCCGUAUUGUUUUGUCUCACAACGCCAUGGCCGAAGCUAUGUUAAACAGACACAUCAACUUACUCCGCACCCUUAAACCUCAGUAUGCCUUCAGUGCCCACACUCACCAUUCGGGUUUCCUACAGCACAGUCUCGCCAAACUCACAGAGAUGUAUAGAGGUAUCUAUAAGAAUGAUAAUAAAGGGAUGGCGGAUUUGACGGCGGACGAGGAACAGUUUGUCACUGAGGAGUACAGGAUACCAACGUGUAGUUACAGGAUGGGUGUUCAACAUAUGGCAUAUGCCGCAGCAGUUAUUGAUCCAGUGGGGAAGCUUCAUUUUGCUUUACUACCACUCCCACCCCGCUACGAGCAACUCUAUAGAUAUGCCAUGUUUGGAGUUUUUGCUGGCAUUGUCACAAUAUGGAUGUUCAUUGCUUUUCCCCGUCGCAAACGAUAUUAAAAAUCUGGGCACCCAGGACAAAGCACGAACUAUAGACUGCAAUUUUGAGAACUUUUCUCAAGUACAGAAAAGUGGAUCUGGUGUCGGAUCGAGGUUGAUUUGCUCAUUUCAACUGAUUUCUUCACUUUUUUCGCCCAGAUCCCGAUGGAAAGAUACACUUCACUCUCCUGGUUCUACCUUCCCGUUUCAAACAGCUCUAUCGCUACGCCAUGUAUGGUGUCUUGAUGA